AUGCCGCCGCCGAAGAAGUCGGUGGCGUUGCGUCACCGAGCGCACAUGAUUGCCUCCUCUGUCGAAGACCAGGAGGCGGCGCUCAUGGAAUGGCGGGCAAGGGCACAGCAGGGCAAAGAGACACUGCAGCGCAUCCGCUCCAAAAUGGACGCCCAUAAAAAAUCAGCGGAAACGACAAAACGUGGAGGACGAUGGUUAGCGGAGUGGGCUUCUCUCCAGCGGGAGGCCGUAUCGCGCGACCUGGAGCUGAGUAAGGCUUACGCCUCAUGUGCGCACUUGUUGCCGCAGUCACUCAGGAACAAGCUGACGGAGCAGGAGGAGCAAAAAAAUGAACUUUUAGGCUAUCUGAGUGAACGUGUCACGCGUAUACGGAAGGAACUUGAGCGACUGCACAAGCAGAAAAACCAGCCGUCUCAAGAAGCGCUGCGGACACUCUCAGAAAGCAUCUCAGCGUUGCGUAAGGAGCUUCUGGAGAAGAAGGUGACAGAUGUAAAGGCGGAAAAGAUGAUAUGUGGGGAGGCGAACGGGGAGACGGACAAGCAGAGCCCAAUGGAGACACUUCAGAGGUUGAUCCAGUCAACGAUGAAGACAUUUGACGGGAUUUGCGAGUCCAUCGAUGGCAAGAUAAAUGCUGCUCUGGUGGAGACGUACCGGAAUGCCCUGCAAACAGAGGGGGAAAACACCACGUCUCAAGCGGCGGCAUGCAUCGACAGGAGGGUCGGGACGGUAUUGCAGUCCCAAAAUGAUCUGCGCACUGUGUCAUUGAUAUUAAAAACAUACGACAGCGAAGUGGAGUCCGGCACUACCGCCGCUGCCAUCUCGGACGAGUUAUACGACCGCGUACAGCGGGCCCUUCCGCAUCUCUCGAAGAUGUCGGCGAGGCGCGUCGUAGAUGAGGCACUUCGGCAGAAACGAGGACGAGUGUACAUGCGCUCAGUCAUACUUCAGUACAAGAAACGGUCUACGGAACUUUUAGAGUCGUUUAAGAAAGCCGUGAUGGCGGAAGAGGAGAUCAUGAAGAUGCGGAACGCCAUAAGUGAAGAGGCGAGGAUGCGUGAGGAACGUCAACAGAAGACUCAAGAAGAGCUGGAGAGGCUCCGUAUAGCCCGUGAGGCGAAGGACGCAUCACGCCGUGCCGAGGAAGAGGCUAAAAAAAUGGAGGAGGAUGAAAGCAUCAGAAGCUACUUUGC